AUGAAACGGAAAGCUGAAGCAGGAAGCCCCGAGGCAGUCGAAGCAGAUGCAUCGCGCAAGCGGCCACCCCGCCAGGAUCCUGUGUCGUGCCAAACAUGCCGUGCAAAGAAGCUAAAGUGUGAUCGGAACCAACCAUGUGCGAACUGCACGGCGCGCAAGAUCACCUGUAUCUAUGGCACUGGUCGCAUAGAAAACGCCUCUGACAGGAAUACUCAAUACACUCAGGAGAAACCGGACGCGACUAUCGUGCCUCAUCAGGAGCAUGGAGCGAGGCGCCAGCCACUGAGUUCCAACGAGGCACGACCGUCGCGCGAGAGUAGUGAACAGUGUAUGACUGCAGACUGGUUGGAGAACAUUGUUAUGGGUCCGAGGAUCCCGGAUGCCCUGCCAACGACCCUUAAGGACAAAUUGAUCCCAUUUCAGCAGAAUGGCAACGAGGAAGCCGUCCAGCGGGCGAUGGCCAUACCGCUUGGAGCGACUGGGGGGCGUCAGUUCAAUGUGCGCAACUCCUAUCUGAGAGGGCAAGAGAGGAACCUUGGCAGCAUUUCGUUAGCUAGCCUACUACCAACGAAAUCAGAGACUCUAUCCCUCUUCAGGUACUACGUGGACUGCAUCGAUUACCUAUACCACGUCAUAGUACCAGUUCGCGUUGAACGCAUGAUCGAUGAUAUCUACAGGUGCAUCGAGAAUAAUUCUCCCGUCAAUCUGAACCAUGUCGCUCUCUUGGCAAGCAUCCUUGCUGUUACUGUCUAUUUCCGGCCGCAGAGCGCUACAGAAUAUACGGAGUCAAGCGAUGCAGAUGCGAGAUGUAAAGAGUUUACUUCCCUGGUAGGCGCUGCCUUGCUACAAAGCAACUUCAUUGCAUAUCCUACGAUCGAGGGACUCCAAGCGACUAUAAUUAUAGCUCACUACUUAUCAAGCCUAAAUACUGACCCAUCUCUGCGCUCGCUUUUCCUACACGGUACGAUUGUCAGUCAAGCAAAGAAUCUCAUGUUGCACUACACAGACACACCACAACACCAGGAAGAGAGACGAGUAAAUGGGUUCGAUAGUGUAGAGGUAGAGACAAGGCGACGACUGUGGUGGCAUCUUGUUGCGUAUGACUGGUUACUAGGGUUCUUGAGCGGACCGCAAGAAAGAACAUACCUGAUACACCCUAAUCACAUGAACGUCAGACGCCCACUAAAUAUUGAUGAUGGUCCUUCCCAAUCCUACGGGAGCGAGCGUGGGCUUAAACGCUCUAUUCCUACUAGCAUGUCAUAUUCUAUCGAACGGUUGAAGCUGGCCUUCGUAUGCCGCGAGAUUGUGGAUGAAACUGCAGUUGAACACUUUCAAGGUCUGGAAGUCAAUUAUGAAAGAAUAUUGGAUCUUGACCGCAGAAUCCAGCAAGUCUACAAGGAACUUCCAGAGUUCUUUCGUCUUGACCCCGUUAGCAGACGUCGCUAUGCUCAACUCUAUCGGGAGCGACCUACAAUUGCUUGGCAGAGGUGCUUGGUACAACAAGGCUACCAUUCUCGUCUGUGUCGUCUUCACCGCCAAUACUUCAUCCGGGGUGCUGGAGACCCGGCUUUUUCGUAUUCACAUGUUAUUUGUCUUCAGUCAGCACGGAAGGUCCUGGAGAUCAAACGCAUCAUGGACGAAGAAGAGCCGAUUUUCACCCCUAACAGCUCUGUGGUGUGGUCGGUAAUGCAUCACGUCUUCAUGGCGGCCGUCAUACUAUUAAUGGAUGUAUGUUUCAAUUGGGAUGAUAUUCUAGCCAACAAGCGCAGGGAAGAGGUACUGGACGCCUGUCGGAUGCUGAGCAAAGCGCAGCAGGCUUCAACGCUCGUUAGAGAGGGUAUAAAUGCCAUGAUGAGCAUAUUGCAAAAAUACUGGCGACCUGCAAGAUCCAAUCCUGGACCAGUUGAUCCGACUACAUGCACUGCAACGACAGCAUUCACCAGCAACUCUAUGGUUGUUGAGAGCCCUGCAUCGAAUGCUCUUCCGACGCCGCAAUCGAAUUUCCCGACUUCUGAAGUCGAUGGCAAAUUUCUGGCUAACCCUUCUCCUGUCAACGAUGCAUUUUCUAUUGACAAUGGUAGCAGAGAACUGGAAGAUAUCUGGACCGCAAUGCUGGACAACGGUGGUAAUCUCGCUACUGAGCAGACAGACUGGAUGGAUCUUCUGACUGAACUUACCAAUGCGACGAUACCUUGUGAAUAA